CAUUUUUUCUGGUUCUCGGAAAAGUUUAAGAAUUUUUUUAUUAUUCUUGAUAAAAGUAUUAAUUUUAAUUAAUAAAUUAUUAUAAAUUAAAUUUAUAAUAAUUUAAAUAUGUGUAAACUAAGAUUUUAAAGUAUUAAGAAAAUAUUAUCAUAUGCAUACUUAAAACAAAGCAACAAACAAAUUUUUCUCCGCCCAAGCAACCUCCUCCCUGUUUAUUAGUUUUUUUAUUCUAACGCCUCAAAGUUUUUGUCUAACAACAAUUGUCAUGUUAAAUCUUGCGUAUACGUCGCCAGCAUUAUUAUUAAUAAAUAAAAACCGCCAGAGUUUCAUAAACUACUUCACUUAUACUCAAUCAACUGCGUGAUACAACCACUACCAGCACCAAUACCACCAUCUCACUAAACUACGACCAUGGCUGAGAGUCUUGUGUGGCGUCUCUUGUGCCGCUAUAAAAUAUUCUUUCUAGUGGGUUUUAUUAUAUUUGGCAUACAGAUUUUCUUAGCUUAUAAAUCUUUAAAUCUAAGCGCUUUCACGUCCAGUGAUACUCCCGUUGUAAAUAAUCCUGACCUGUCGUCAAUGGCUGUACAAAAGGGUCGUCUGGCCGCUCAACAUAAUUCCGCCAGUGAUGAUGAGGAUUCUUCAAAUGCAGCCUUAAUAACGCGCAAACGUUCUGCUGACGCAACAUUAGAGAACGAUGCUGAUGUUGCUGCUUCAUCUCUCAUAACAGCCAAACAAUUGGGUUUUACACCCGUCUGUAAUAUACAAUCAAAAGAUGCCGUCUCCGCCUUACAACGAGCUAAAACCAAAGACUGCCGCCAACAUAUCGCUCAAAUUGCUUGCGCCAUACAGGCGGGCGAAUUCUAUGCCACACACCUGCCCAGCUAUUGUCCGCGUGGCAAUCAUAGCGCCAAUACUCAAUUGGGUUGUUAUCGUGACGAGAAAGAAUUUCGUCUUUUGUCUGGUUACUUUAUAAAUUUCAAAUCGUCCAAUACACCGGACAAAUGUGUUCAGCUAUGUCUUCAAUCGGGAUUUCCCUAUGCUGGUGUACAAUAUGGUUCGGAAUGUUUUUGUGGGGUUGAUGCACCACCAGUUGCUGCAAAAUUGGCUGAUUCCAGUUGUAAUAUGAAGUGUUCGGGGGAUCAACAUGAGAUUUGUGGCGGUUAUUAUGCCAUGAACGUUUAUGAAACGGGUAUAGCAAAAUUUUCAGCACAAAUUGCUGAGACUAGUGUUAAACCCGACACUACGGAACGUAUAAAAGUGGCAUUUUUAUUAACAUUAAAUGGUCGUGCUCUACGACAAGUCCAUCGUUUAUUAAAAGCUUUAUAUGCACCACAACAUGUCUACUAUAUACAUGUGGACAAGCGUCAAGACUAUUUAUAUCGUAAACUCUUAGAACUGGAACCUAAAUUCCCCAACAUACGUUUAGCCCGCACACGUUUCUCUACCAUUUGGGGUGGUGCUUCUUUGCUCACUAUGUUAAUGCAAAGUAUGGAUGAUCUUUUGAAAUCCUCUUUUCACUGGGACUUUGUUAUCAAUCUAAGUGAAAGUGAUUUUCCCGUUAAAAAGCUAGACAAACUUGAGGAAUUCUUAACGGCCAAUCGUAAUCGUAAUUUUGUCAAGAGUCAUGGGCGAGAGACACAACGCUUUAUACAAAAACAGGGACUGGACAAAACCUUUGUAGAAUGUGAUACUCAUAUGUGGCGUAUAGGAGACCGUAAACUACCUACUGGCAUACAAAUAGAUGGUGGUUCAGAUUGGAUAGCACUGUCGCGGCCUUUUGUGAAAUAUGUUUUAGAGAAUAAAGAAACUGAUGAAUUACUUAAGGGACUCUUGGUCAUAUUUAGACACACCCUUUUGCCAGCUGAAUCAUUUUUCCAUACAGUUUUAAGAAAUUCCAAAUUUUGUGGCACUUAUGUGGAUAACAAUUUACAUGUGACGAACUGGAAGCGUAAAUUGGGUUGUAAAUGUCAGUACAAACAUGUGGUGGAUUGGUGUGGCUGUAGUCCCAAUGAUUUUAAACCAGAAGACUGGUCUCGUUUGCAAAAUACUGAAAACAAAAUGCUUUAUUUUGCACGCAAAUUUGAGCCCAUUAUUAAUCAAGCUAUUUUAUUAAAAUUGGAGGAAUGGUUAUAUGGAGCAUAUGCUGAAGACUACAUAAACUUGCCCGCCUAUUGGCAAAGUUUUUAUCAUUAUGAAGAUAAACGCACUAAACAAGAUGAUCUAACUUUAACAGUGGCCGAAAGUCUGGUAAGAAGAUUGUGCAAACAGUGGUCUACCAAAAGUCAUAAGGUGUUGGAGUUGACACAGUAUUUACACAAUGAUCAGUAUAAGGGUUUCUUAAUUAGAUAUCAAACUUUGGACCGAAUUAAUCGAACUGUUUAUGAACUGGAGAGCCGCAUAAGACCGGUGCAAUAUGCUAAAUUUGCUAAAAAUUCCAAAUUUGCAAAACGUUUAAGAAACUUUGAAAUAUCCUCGGAAUAUGAUCAAAAAGAGCAAAUUUGUAGAAAUUUACAAAAAUUCCUAGGACCCUAUACCGAUUUGGUAUUAACAUUUACAUUUAUGGGUUCUGGUUCAGCUUCACCCAAAGAUACUUCUCAUUCCUAUAAUCUCACCUUAUUGUGGAUAGAUCCCAUGGGACGUUUGCAAGAUUUUAAUGAACUGCACAUAGAAGACAGCCAAACGGAUAAUAUUAAUUAUUCCAAAGCUUUGCUAAAACAACCCUUAACCCCUGGCAUAUGGACAGCUAAACUUAUAGGACGUAAUGCCAUUUAUGCUCAAACUAAAUUUCUUAUUACGCCUCUAGCUUUGUAUAAUGGUGAGCAGAUAGCAGCGGAUAGAGCACGUCUAAUUAAUGCUGGUGAUGGCCUAACAUUGGCCGAAGAUUUUGCUUUACCACAAGAAUGGUUGCAAUACAUACCCACCUUUGAAGAAUCAGCUCAAUUGAAAAAAUUGUCAGCACGUAAUGCUUUGAGAACAGGAGAAAAACUCUAUGAAUGGAUAGAUGAUUUAACGGGGAAAUUCUUUCAUACACGAGAAACUUGUGCAGUAAAUGAUAAUGCCCGAAAUCUUAAUACAGCAGCUUUAGAAAAAUUGCCCUUGUGCCAAGAAACCACUUGGAGUUCUUUGGCUCCAGAUCCUAAAAGUAAUGUUUAUGCUCUAGUUUCACACGCCAGCAGCUAAAAAAAAACUCUUUACAUUUAGAAAACUAUAGCAAAAAAGGAAAAAGCAAAAUGAAACAAACAACUAAACUAAUUGAAACCAAAAAUUUUUUUAAAAUGCAAUAUUUUUCCAUUAACUAAACUUAAUCAGCAGCCAAAAAUCUGAAAAAUAGGCAAUAUUUUUUAUUAAUUUUCUUAAAAGAAAAAAAAAAAA